CUAAAUAGCUGUUUUAAUUGCUAUUUUUUGUUGUUUUUGUCGUCCUACAUGACGUAGAGAGGCACUGCAGAAGAGAGACAAGUUGUUGGAUAUAUAACAUUAACUAGAGACCACCGGUAGGAGGAGGGAUGGAAGCGGCGGAGGAAUAGCUAAAAAAAAUCAACCCUGGUGUUUCUCCAUUGAACAUCCGACAGACGAUGAUUGAGAUGUUUCUAGCCGCAGAGCUGAAUACCAAAUUGCCUUCCUCUUCUAUCAAGAGAUAGCCAGUCUGCAGGAUGGAGACCCAGGAGGAAUGACUGAGUUUCCUCUCCUUUGGGUGAUGCACCGACAGUCAGAGAAAAUGCACUGGACCGGUGGAUGUGUGUUUCUGGUCCUGGUGUCCCUUAUCGCCUCUCAUACCGCCAGGGCCUUAUCAGUGGACACGGAUAGGAACCGCACGGAGAACGGCACUGUGACAGACAGUGGAUUUGUCCCAGUUGUGUUCACAAAAGUGAGCCAGAUAAUUGCCCGCGAGGGGAGCUGCGCACUGAUUGAUUGCAAUGUCACCGGAGACCCGCUCCCCAGCAUUAAAUGGUUCAACUCCCAUGGAGACUGUCUGGACACAGAAACGAGUGGUGGGAAGUGGUGGCUGCUGGACAAUGGCAUCCUUAACAUCACCAGCAUCGAGUUUGCGGACCGCGGGAAGUACACGUGCAUGGCAUCCAACGUGCACGGCAGCUCGAACUGCACGGUGACGCUGCGUGUCGUCUUCACCAACGGCGACAUGGGCGUGUACUACAUGGUGGUCUGCCUGGUGACCUUCACCAUCAUCAUGGCACUUAACAUCACGCGCCUCUGCAUGAUGAGCAGCCACCUGAAGAAGACGGAGAAAGCCAUCAAUGAGUUCUUCCGCACCGAGGGUGCAGAGAAGCUCCAGAAGGCCUUCGAGAUUGCCAAGCGGAUCCCCAUUAUCACCUCGGCCAAGACGCUGGAGCUUGCCAAGGUCACGCAGUUCAAGACGAUGGAGUUUGCGCGGUACAUCGAGGAGCUGGCUCGCAGCAUCCCACUGCCGCCACUCAUCAUGAACUGCCGCACAUUCAUGGAGGAGAUCCUGGAGGUGGUCGGCGUGGAGGAGAUGAGGCACACCUUCCUCAGACAGGCGCCGGAAGGACACAGCGAGGUGAUAGGCAGGGUGCCCUCCAUCGGGGCGAGGGACGUCUUCACCAUCCUGCAGGAGAGGGAGCGGGAGAGGGAGCGCAGCGAAUCCCCGGCCGCCGAUUCGGACAACUCCUCCGUUCACGAACAGCCGCAGCACAUCGCCAUCCAGGUGUCAGUCCACCCACCGCUCGCCAUCGGCAUAGAGGCACCGCCGCAGCCUGAGGCCUCCCCCUCUUCCCCUCCUCCGCCUUCCUCUCCAUCGCUGACUCCGGUUCACCACGAGGAGCAGCCCGAGGUGGAGGAGGAGAAAGAGGAGGUGGUAGCGGAGGAGGCGGUAGUGGAGGAGGCGGUAGCGGAGGAGCAGAGCGCUGAACGGGCUUCACCCGAGCCGGUGGCGAAUAACGUCACUCCGUGUCAGGUGAUAUACGAGAGCCAUGUGUGACGACAACAACACACCGACGAGGGGCGACGAGGGGUUAUCCUGCUAUGCAUUUCAACUUGAAGACAACAAAUAAGUCAUAACAAAAAAAAACAAUCAACAUUUAAAAUCUUUAUCGACUGAAACACGGAGAAGAAAAUCAUAAAGUUUGUCGACAGCUGAGCGUUUUUUUUUUCCUUCAUGCUUGAAUGUAAACGGGAGGAGUAAUCAAUCAAUACGAUACUAAUGUAACAAGCAAAGAAUUGUAACAGAGAGAGAUUUUUGACAACUUACAAGAAGAGGAGGAGGAAUAAGAAGAGUUUUUAAUUUCUCACCGUGUUCAGAGGUGUUUUUUCGACUUUGAACUCCAGAAAUAUGCCUCAAGCCUCGGUCUUCACGCUGUUUUCCAAAAAACAAACAAAACGCCACGAGAGCCGAGCUUCCUUCAUCCGCUCAAUAAACUCACAUCCUGUUACUGUUCGUGUGUCAACUCCUGAAAAAAGAGAUCCUCACUCCUCAAUCACAGUUUCAUGAUUGUACCGGCUGCUGUAUUUCUACUUAACGAAAAAAAACAAACACUUAAAUUCAGCCAGGUGGCGCUCUGUGCGUGUGUGUGUACGAUGUAUUUCACACUUGUUAGUUUUUAUCAGGUUCAUUGAGGAAUAUUUUUAAGAGUAGUAUUAUAUUAUUACCCACAGUGGUGUGAUUUUAGUUUUUUGUUUUUUCAGCUAGUUUUAAAAGCACUUUUUAAAAAGAACUGUUUGUCUUGAGGAUUAGCUUCUUUUCCUCCUGUUGUGCUGUUAUAGUUUUUUUUUUUCAUUCUUUAAAUUUCAUUUAAUUCCUGAUUUGAUCUCGGCAUCGUCUCGCUUUCCCCGCAGAAGCUUUAUAAACGGUGAUAGUUGCAUUUCUGCUGCAUGUGAAAGUAAAGUGGAUAUUUGGAGAUUGUUAAACAUCAUUUCUUUCUCUGGGACAUAGAAAAAGGACUUUUUGGUCUUUUUCUCUUUUUCUUUUGCUUCUUGGGUGACGGUCCGGUUGGAAAUUAACUGGACGCUGCUCUGCUUUUUCUGGUGCUCCUGUGAUGCAUCUUUUUUUUGUAGUGGAAUAAAAAUGGAAAGUGCUGUGUAAAAAAAAAAAUCAUUCAUUUAAUCAAUUUCACACAUUUAACUGGCUAUAAAUGUCUGCUAUUCCCACAUACAUCUCUGUCAGCUAUCACUUGUAAUAUCUCCUUAGUAUUAAUAAAUAUUUUAAGGAAUUUUCAAUCUAUCUAACAUGAAGUUUUAUGUGUUUUGGUCGCUAUCUGUCCUCUAAAAUGAAAAGUGGGGUAGCCAAAGAACAAAUGAGCUAAGUAUAAAAGCCAAGAUACACUGAUAACGGGCUCUUAUUUCUCUCUCCAGUGUCCUCAUGAGGUGUAUUAAUAAUGUAAGCCAGACUCCUUUCUGUCGUGGCGGUGGUCGCCAUGGUUACAGGACCGUCUGUCCUGAGGAGACACAAACGGUGAGGGAGGAAAUGUGAUUUCCUGACCUCCUGGGGGAGAACGAGCUUAUCGGAGGAAGAAAAAAACACCAAUGCAGAGCGUAAAAUCUGCAAAAUGUAUGUGGGAUGUUUUUGUGGAAGCGUAUCUCCAACAAAAGCAGUCUAUGUAAAAAAAAAAAAAGACAUAAAUAAAAGAUAAUCUGAAGUUGA